AGUUCACAUGGGAUAGACUGAUAGAGCUUUUGGGUCGCUGACUAAAAGCUGAGGUAGAUGAAAAAAAAUUGACAGAAUGUGAAAGAGCUGCCUCUGUACUCGUGGGGGGAAGCUUGGGAUGAGUAUCAAGAAAGGUUCUGGAAAAAAGCCACAUUCUUACGGAAGUGCAUGAAGCGCUCGCCGUCAGCGAUGCCAGUCAGCGAUGCCAAGCUUGGGGGCGUCAUCAGCUUCAACUUGAACUGCUUUCACGGUCCGGCUGUGGCUGAGCUGUUGAGGGGAAUCAGGAGUCUGAUGGAGGCUCGCUGCACAGGGCCCCCCCAGUGGGAGGCAGCCGUCAUGUCAUUAGGCCUGACUCACAGCCCUGACAAAGUGGACAUCAUGAUUGUUCAAGCCAUCUGUUCCAGGAAGAAGAAGUUAGAGAAACUAGAAGAGGGGGAGGAGAAAGAGAAAGAAAAAUCACCAAUAACUAAAGCCAAGAAAAGUUUCCCUGAAUUUCAUUAAUUUCCGACAAUUGGAAUAAAGAGGAAAAAUGUCAAGGAGGAAAAAUGACAGAAGCAAGUGAAUGAGGAAGGUUUAAUCUGCAUUUAAUUUUUCUCCAUUAGCAAUAUGGAAUUUAGAAGACUUCUGAGAACAGAAAUAACCAAGCUGUUAGUUCCGGUUACUAGCACAUUCCUAAUUAGUCAAAUGUAUAUUUUCUUUACCGUUAAUCAUUUCCCAGUUAGGAAAACUUGUUUGACAGGCAUGUAUUUGGUAUAACCCCCCCCCCCAUAUACUUUUUUAAGCAAAUGAAAGUUAUAUGAAGGUAUUCAUGAGUUGUGUUUCAAUAAUAUGAAAGAAGGCUGACCUGAUACAUAAAGCCCUCUUUGUUUCACUUGACCUAUUUUGUCUUUAUUCUCUGUGUUGUUGAACUAGUUUAUCCUUGUGAAAUGCGAAAAGAGCAGUGUGACAAUUAGCAGUCGGUGUUGGGGAGGACAAAUCCCACCCCCAGCUGAAAUAUCUUGCAAAUACAGCCUGAGUAUGACCUGUGGUUGGACCCUCCAGUGGUUCAGAGUCCUGCCUGUUUCUACGAUGGAAAGCUUCUAAUUAAAGUCAGAGGUGUGAUUAGGGGAGUGGUAAAAAAAAUAUUAUCCCAGUGAAAAUUUGGUUUGCCUUGCCUCCCACUUCACUGAACAACUGACUUGUAAGUCACUUUCUGUAAUGAUGUUUGUAGAAACAGUUUUUAGAUAAUAAAAUUCAGCUGAAUCUUA